AAAAAAAAAAAAAAAAAAGGAGAAAAUAAAAAACCGAGCUAGGAAAGUCUCCAUAACAAACAUCUUCCAGCGAGGAGCUGACACCCACAAUAAGGAGCUCAGCGGCCGGCUUCGUCGCUCUCUAGGGCCGCUUCGGAGCGACAGAGAGCGGAAGUGUCAGCUGCGGAUUUGUGCGAAAGGAGACGAGCUGACGGUCACGACACGGAAACAAGUUGGACUCGGACUAACAACAACAACAACGUCAACACCGGGCCCAGUCUGACGGGGGUUUUACACGCAAACUUGGCCGUCGACGCCGUGUGGAAGCGGCGCGGAGGAAGGGAGAUAAAAAUAAAAAAAGAGGCUGCCUCCUCCGUAAACACUCCACACGACUACCGCGGGACAGCGCGCCGACAAGACCGCUUGCUUGCGCCGAUGCCCACGGCAGACUGCAGGCUGCUCCAUCAUGGCCGGAUCAUGAGGUGCCUGACCUGCCUCCUCCUGCUGCCAGACACCCUGAGAAAGUCCAAGAAGCUCGGCGGGCUCCCGGGCAGGCUGCCGCUGUCUUACGACGUCCCGAGCGGCAAGAAGCACAAGAAGAUGGCCGCGGAGCUUUGUCCCGCCGGCAACGGCAACCUGGCCAGCGGCACCACGGUGGCGGACGCCGAGAAGACCAAGGAGGCGCCGGUCGACCAGGCCGCCGGCGGAGGCGGUGGCGCCGGCGGGGACGACGGCGGAGGCGCGGCGGCCACCAGCCCGAGCAGCCAGCAGAACAUCAGCAACAACAACACCGCGGAACCCAGAAGCUGGCAGUCCAGCCACCCCACGCUGAGGGAGAGGAACGCCUUGAUGUUUAACAACGAGCUGAUGGCGGAUGUCCACUUCAUCGUGGGGCCCCCAGGAGGGUCACAGAGGGUUCCAGCACACAAGUACGUGCUGGCCGUGGGAAGCUCCGUCUUCUGCGCCAUGUUUUACGGCGAUCUGGCGGAGGAGGAGUCUGCAAUCCACAUCCCAGAUGUGGAGCCCGCUGCUUUUCUAAUUCUGCUCAAGUACAUGUACAGCGACGAGAUGGAGCUGGAGGCGGACACGGUGCUGGCCACCCUGUACGCCGCCAAGAAGUACAUCGUCCCGGCACUGGCCAGAGCCUGCGUCAACUUCCUGGAGACGAGCCUGGAGGCCAAGAACGCAUGCGUCCUGCUCUCGCAGAGCCGCCUGUUCGAGGAGCCCGACUUGACGCAGCGCUGCUGGGAGGUGAUCGACGCCCAGGCUGAGCUGGCGCUGCGAUCCGAGGGCUUCUGCGAGAUCGACCUGCAGACGCUGGAGAUCAUCCUGCGGCGGGAGACGCUCAACACCAAGGAGGCCGUGGUGUUUGAGGCAGUCAUGAGCUGGGCCGCUGCCGAGUGCCAGAGACAGGGGCUGGGGCCCACCACCCGCAAUAAGCGGCAGGCGUUGGGGAAGGCGUUGUUCAUGGUACGCAUACCCACCAUGAGCCUGGAGGAGUUUGCAGACGGGGCGGCCCAGUCUGACAUCCUCACUCUGGAGGAGACGCACAACAUGUUCCUGUGGUACACGGCCGCCAACAAGCCCAAAGUGGACUUCCCCCUGACCGCCAGGGAGGGUCUGGCGGCACAGAGGUGCCACCGCUUUCAGUCUUCAGCCUACCGGAGCAACCAGUGGCGGUACCGCGGCCGCUGCGACAGCAUCCAGUUCGCUGUGGACAAACGAAUCUUUAUCGCCGGGUUGGGACUGUACGGCUCGAGCGGCGGCAAGGCCGAGUACAGCGCCCGAAUCGAACUCAAGAGGCAGGGCCUCAUCCUGGCCCAGAACCUGACAAAGUUUGUGUCGGACGGAUCGAGCAGCACCUUCCCGGUGUGGUUUGAGCACCCAGUGCAGGUGGAGCAGGACGCCUUCUACACGGUCAGCGCCGUGCUGGACGGCAACGAGCUGAGCUACUUUGGCCAGGAAGGAAUGACGGAGGUGCAGUGCGGGAGAGUGACCUUUCAGUUCCAGUGCUCCUCGGACAGCACUAACGGCACCGGAGUGCAGGGAGGGCAGAUCCCUGAGCUGGUCUUCUAUGCCUGAGGACGGGUUCUCCUCACGGCCUUCCAGUCAUGUAGCAUCACAAACACUGACAAGCUGCUAGUUCUCAGACUCUUCCAUAAGGAAUGGUGCGCUCCGCUUAUUUAAUUUAACAUUAUUCUUAUAAUUUAAACACUUCUUUGCAUCUGCGGUUGCCAUGGAAAACACAGCAGUCAUGUGAUCCAGCCCAACGACGCCACUCCUCUUCCGAGCGGCUUUAACUUUGUGUUCUGGUUCCCAAAAGCAAAAAUAAGUAGAAUUCUUGUUGUUUUGCACUUGAGGGCCCGCCCUCUGUUUGUUUGUUGUCGUUUAUUUUCAAAUGCUGUAACAGCUUGAUGCUGACACUUGAUGACAUAAAAGGUCCAAACUGUA